AUAAUUUUGUAAUUUUCAGCAGCGUGCUAAAGUCGGAAACUGAUCAGAACAAUGGAGAAACAGGGAAAACGGAAGAGUAUGAUCUUGAAGUUUCUGCCCAAGGUGGCUUCUGCCGUUACCUUCCAGAACCCGCCAUUCAGUCCCGGUAGGGACAAGAGAUUCUCCGGUCCGAUUGUGUCAAUAAUUCCAGACGAAGCUCGGAGAAAGACGUCUAAUAAUGAGAGUUAUGAAACACCGGAACCCACUUCGCCUAAGAUCUCCUGCAUGGGACAGAUCAAGCACAAGAAAAAAAUCUGCAAAUCUAAACGAGAAAUGGCGGUGCGAGAGGGUUUGGAACUUAAGAAGGCUGCCUCUUCUCCUAAAGAGAAGAAGAAGCAUUCCUCGGCUAUUAGGGGAAUGUUUACCAGUUCAAAACCGGCAACGAAAUCGGAUGAAAACAAGAAGUCACUUUCAGAUAAAGCACCGUCGUUGGGGCAGAUGAAGCAGUUUGCGAGCAGCCGUGUUGCGUUUGCUGAGUUUGAUUGGAAGGCUGAUCAGAUUACACAGGUAGAAGAAGAUCAUCACCGGAAUUAUUACUCCGACGAAGAAGGAGGUAGGGGCAGCGAUGGAGAAGAGGAGGAGGUGAUUAUUCCUUUUUCAGCGCCGAUAAUGGUGGGAGGUGGAGUGCCGUUGCAGCCAAGGAAAGAAAUUAAUCUAUGGAAGAGAAGAACCAUGAACCCACCAAGGCCUCUUCAAUUGAAUAGCAUGGUUGGAGCAAAAUGAUUGUUUGUUUGCUUUUUUAUUUUAUUUUAAAAAAUCUUGUAGGCUUUCUUUUUUUCAUUUUUUUUUUGUUAAUUAGUGUAGAUUAUGCCUCCGUAAUUCAUAUAUAUAAAUGUCUCUUAAUUUG